AUGGAUCGAACGAAUUCUCGUGGUUCGAAUUCUUCGACGAUUGGAAAACAUUUGGAAAAGCCACCACCUUUCAAAUUAUGCUUUCCCAAAGAUAGAUUGCUCGGUAAAUCGUAUAUACGUUUGCCGAAAAUCAAUGAUAAUACGAUCACGCCGAAAUUUUAUUCAAAGGGAUACACGGACACGAUUGAUAUGCACGAAGAAAAUACGAAACAACAGGAAAACACUUGCAACUCUCGAGCUUUAGUUACCAGUCACGCAUAUGGCUGGUGGCACAGACAGGGAUUGCAACCCAUUAAAUCUCAAUUCAAUUUUCAUAAACAAACAUCAGGUUUGGCUAAUUUUGGGGUGGAUGUCCGAAACACGGCAGCUUAAUAAUUUCGGAAUUUGAGGCAGUAGUACAUAAGAAUUAUUGCAAACAAUGUUUUCAU